CCGAACAUACUCUCGGCUGAAUCCCAGCUCGCCGGGGCGCGGCAACGCCUGCCGAAGCAUCCCCGAGAAUCGGCCGUUGAACGUGAAUACUUCUAUCUUGCGUGCUCCGAUGACAGACCGAAUAUCGGCGCGAAGAUGACGAGGGAGAGACUGACGGAUCGGUAGCUAAACAUUAAUCUAUAUAUUUUCCCAAAAAGGAUGAGAAGCUCACAUCCUGCCGAUGUUUGUGUUUGUAUCCGCGUCUCUUCAAGAGAUCGGAUUCAGCAUGGAAAUAAGUGUGGCUAAGGUGUUAUUGUCGACGGUAUUAAUUAAGGAAACAAUUAGAUAUUAGAAGAGUAACGACGGUGCCUCGCCGUUGCAACUUAAAAUUGUUCUAUAAGAAGAUUUUGAAGAUUCUAUCCGAGUGUUGUUACUGAAAAAAAAUAUUACUCAAUAUGCAUCACGUUCAAGCAUUUCGCGCGUUAUAUCUGCGAAAUCAUAAUAGAUAUCUAAAAACAGCUGUUUGAGAAUUUCAUCUCUUCAAGUUCACGUGCGCAAGGACACAGGAUUCGAUCGAAUGAAUACAAUCGAUGGAUGCACCUGCUCUGGAAAUGUAUACGUCAUUAAAUAUAAUAUACAACCAAGUAGAUCUAGGAAAAACAAAAUGAGCAGAAGUUUGAAUGGGAUGGAAAAGAGACAGAAAAGAUAAUGCUGAGGCUCUACCCAUUAGAUUAUCGCGUAGAUACGCCACAAUUAUCAUUGAGAAGAGCUUAAGGCGUUACAAUUAUUAAUAUAAAUACGGAAAAGGUUCCGUUCCACUUGCUUGAUAGAACUCGAACAGGCCUCAUCCAGAUUAUGUGUGACCAGUCAUUUUUUUAUUAUACAUAUCGAUAAAAAAGUACGACAAUAUGUAUAUUCAACAUCUGUAGAAAAAACAAUUCACAGGCUGGAGAUAAAAAAAAUAGAUAUAAAAAUUCAAGAUCGAAGAAGUUAAAAGAAAGUCAAGGUCAAACAGUGUGUCAAGCAAACAUAAAUUGGUUCGAAUAAUAAACAAGAGUCAACGUCUCGGAAGAGUAGCUUUGUUGCCUGUGUAAAAGUUAUCGUUUAACAUACAAUGUGGAAAAAUAGGAACAAAUCGUGACGAUUAGACCGAAAUGCCCCUUAAAUGAGUAUAACGAUAUAUUAUUUAUGUAUGCCGACAAAAUAGCAGCGAUGUUCCGUAAUCAACGUUUUAGAAGUCUUCCAAGUCCGUGCAACGGCCACUAAAUUAACCACAAAAUGUCAACGAGAGGAUAGAUCGCAUAGUGAAAUAAUCGCGCUCAAAAUCUCAUAAUUCUUCAUCUCUCGUAAUCGUCAUUACGAAAAUUCAUGGACCACACGAACAUAUCGCGGCUUCAUAAAAGAAAUGUGAGUCUAAUGAGAAGAAGAGAAACAACGAAAGGAGAGAAACUUUUUGCCAAUUCUCAGCUCAUUUCGAUAGACAAUCAUUGAGAGAGUAGAACCUGAUUCGAUGCAGAAUACAUAUGUUUGCGUAUUUUGAAUUUUUUGGUGUCGCUAUGCUACGGGCUAAUUGCUAUAAAUAUUGCGAAACAUUCGAUGUAUUUAUUCAUGCGCUUUUCAUUGCGAAUUAAGAUGUUCAUGAGCUUUGCAAUGAGUAAUCGUGUCUAUGGGAAGAUACGAUAUACAUAAUAAAAAAAAGAAACUCCGUGGAUCAUUGCAAAGAAUGAUGGAAAAUAGAAGGACCAAGACUGCUCAAUUUAAUUCUAUCUUCUAAGCUGCCGUUCUUUGUGAAAAAAUUUCGACGCAAUAAUGGCAAACAAAGAUGUAGCAUAAUAAUAUAAUUAAUAAUAUACUUCUUUUAUAUUAUACACGAGAAAUACGGAGUCUAAAUUUUAAUCCGUGAGUUCUAAUUUAGGCCAAUUAACGAGACAGAUGUCUAAACCACAAGUGAUAUCGAUAUUCUGUUAUCGUUAUCAUAGGAACAAAGGCAUUGAACAUAAUGUAUAUACUGAUUAUACAAUUCUAUCUUAUACAUAUGAAAGUGUUUGAUGUAUGCAACUGCUCUGUUAUGCGUGAUCAUCACUCUCUUGAAGAGGCACUGUUUCGCGGCAGCAAAAAAGCUGUUGACGAUGAGUGUGAAUCUACCACGGCAUUAAUCAAAACUAAAAUACAAAAGGGAGGUCUGCGACUACGAAGAUGGCUAAUUGCGCUACUACUAUUUCUGUUAACAUCGCUUUUUAUUAUCAACAGCUACAAUACCGGUCAAUUUCGGAUCACCCGAUUCGGAGAAAUGGCCAAAUCAACUGUUCAAGAUGUAAUAACCCAGGAAUACGUAUCGACAACAUCAAAUGUAUACAUGCCAAUAGGCAACGGUGGCUUUCUAGUUCGCAACAAAGGAUGUCGGUUACCAGCAAUGGAUCCUUUAGAUCUUGCAGUUCGACGUUUCAUAACAAAAGAUAUGUUCGAAUGCGAGUACGGAAAUUUUCCACCAUUAAUUGAAUCAAACAAUACCGCGCUAUUCGUUAAUCCGCUAACGUGGAACGAAUUUCAUAACAGUCCGGGCGGUAUAAGCUGCUGCUGGCGACCAUUUUGGCGAACGAAAGAUAAUGACAAUGCUGUCACAUAUGACACACAGUGCUAUCCUUUCCAAGAUUCUUGCACAGUGAAUGCUGAAUUCGUAAAAGUUGAAUGUUAUCAAAACAACGAAAUGGUAUACAAAGAUUACUACGCUUUCCUACCUCGUAAGCCUUCGAUAGAGGAAAGAUGCAGGCAAACACUGAGAAUGGAUACGCUGAUCGAAGAUCGUCUCAGCGUUCUCAUUGUCGGGCUCGACUCGGUUUCCAGGAUGAAUUUUCACAGAAUGAUGCCGAAGACUGUAAAAUCACUUCAGUCUCUCGGUGCCGUAGAAAUGUUGGGCUAUACCAAGGUCGCUGAUAACACAUACCCAAAUCUCGUCCCGGUAUUAAGUGGUCUGAAUCAGGAGGAAUUGCGGGAUCUGUGUUGGCAAAUGCCUAACAAAACUUUCGACGAAUGCCCGCUUUUGUGGAAGAACUUCAGUGAUGCUGGUUACCGCACAGUAUUCGGCGAGGAUGCUUGUAGCAUGAGCACAUUCAAUUACCUGAAACCAGGAUUCCGCGAACAACCGACAGAUUACUAUCUGAGACCAUAUUGCAUCGGUGCUGAGAAUGACAUUGGUAACACCCAUAAACUGAACGCCAAUCUCUGCCUCGGUACCAGGAAGACAUUUGAAUGCAUGCUGGAUUACACGCGCAAAACGGCAAUCGAGUUCUCCUCGGAACUUUACUUCGCCUUCAUUUGGCAGGCAAGUCUCACCCACGACUAUUUCACGUAUCCUCAGUUGGGUGACAACUCCUAUCACGAGUUCGUCGAGUAUGCGUCACGGGAGGGUCUGCUGAAUCGCACAGUCUUGAUCAUGAUGAGCGAUCACGGUAUGAGAUGGGGCGAUUUCCGACAAACGUAUCAGGGAAAGAUUGAGGAUAGUCUACCUUUCGUCUUUAUCGUGCUACCGAGAUGGUGGCGCGAAAAGUUUCCUCUGGCUUGGGGGAAUUUGCGAAGGAACAGCCACAGUCUCACGACGCCCUUCGAUCUUCAUGAAACGUUAAUGGAUUUGCUGAAUCCGCAACUUUUGCGAGAAUCAUUUCUUAAGAAGCGCAUUAAAAUUCAAGCCGCCUCGCCUGGCAUCCCGCGUGGCAUCAGUUGGUUCCUACCAGUACCAGACAUUCGUACCUGCGACAUGGCGCACAUUGCGAAUCAUUGGUGCAUGUGCCAUACCAGUAAUACGGUCGCGUGGAACGACACUGGCUUGCAUGAUAGCGUAUCAUUUCUCGUCAGAGAACUGAAUGACAUGUUAAGCAGAUAUCCAAUGUGCGCAACCUUGAAUCUAAAAAUGAUCAAAGAUGCGAAGAUGUGGCAGGAUAAGACGGAAGGGGCGACGCUGGUGGAUUAUACAAUGAUCAUACAAACUACCCCAGGUGAUGCGAUCUUUGAGGGUACAAUACGCUAUAAAGCAGACGAUAACAGCCGCAAAUUAGCUGGGUCGGUCAGUAGGCUGAAUGCUUAUGGCACUCAGAGUGCCUGUGUGGAUGAAUUCAACAUGCGUUUGUAUUGUUACUGUCUUUAGCACAACAUAUUCAACAGAUUGCUCGAGUGCUGAAGCUUUUAUAUCUAAUAAUUUAAAUCGGAGCUUGGUGCAACUCAUUCAGACAAUAUGUGUGUUUAGUCUUCCGUUAGCCAAAUUGGACUUUGAAGGAAUAAUAGAUUGUUUUUAUUAUGAUAGA